AUGUCGUCCAAGACGUUGUUCCAGGCCAUCAAGGAGGACCACGAGGAGAUGUACCUCUACCACGACGAAUACAAACGCGCACGCACCGCCGGAGACGUCGACGCGCAGGCCCGCUGGGCACGGCAGCUCACCUGGGAGGUCGCGCGGCACGCGGUCGGCGAGGAGAUCGUCGUCUACCCGCUCAUGGAGAAGCACCUCGGCGACAAGGGCAAGCAGCUCGCGGACCACGACCGGGAGGAGCAUCAGCAUGUGAAGGAAUUCCUGUACCGGCUCGAGUCGCUCAAGCCCGAGGAGGAGAGCUACAGCCAGACGAUCGAGCUCGUGAUGGCGAGCCUGCACCCACACAAUGACGACGAGGAGAUUACGGACCUGCCCAUGCUCGAGGCCGUCAUCGGCGCCGACGCCAGCCGCGAGGCCGCCCAGAACUUCAAGAAAACCAAGAAGCUUGUCCCGACACGGUCUCAUCCGAGCGCACCGAACCGUCCGCCAUUCGAAACCCUUGCGGGUCUGCUCGCCGCCCCGGCUGACAAGCUCAAGGACUGGUUUGCGAGCUUCCCGACGGAGGAGGAGAUGGGCCAGGCGAAGGAAGAACUCAAGCACCGAGACCACGAUGCGAAGGCUGGACGCGCAGCUGCGGCGGCUGGACAGCAGUAG